AUGUUGAAGCAGUUUGCCCAGCCAGAAUUUUUGCUUGAAGGUCUGAAUGGUUCAACGCCUUCCACCAACUCUACGCUCACAAAUCCGGUGACAAAAAAGUCAGCAGGCUCUUUGAGGGUCCCCAGUUUUACUUUUUCUCGGGCAGUGUCUCAAGAACGUCGUUACCCAACUGUGCAAGGUGGUGCCAAUGAAGAUGACACUAAUGUGAACACACUUUCAAGUCGCAGGUCUAAUUUCCUAAAAGUUUGCUCGUGGCCAUUCUCCAAACCAGAGGUGACAAACGGAGUAAAGACAGAAGAUGUGGCUGUUAAGGAUUCAGAGUCUCGCCAUUUUCAAGAGGCGUACGACAAAGUAAGAACCAUUGCAGCUUUUGAUAAACACCUCACUUUGAAUCAGAACCCUCGUAAUCUGUUUGCCGGUAUGCAAUCGCAACAGCGGCCCCUCACUGGAAACCCGAGUUUGGAAAAUAUGGGUCAACAGAGGUUAGGUGAACGUGCAGAUAAGUUGGGGAAAGUAUUCAACAGAAGAAAGCACCAACAGAGAAACUUGGAAGAGGGUACGAAGAGGUGUGUUGUGUUAUCAAAUUUAGAUUCAUCAAUGGGAAUGAAUUCAAUCAUACAACAAGUUUGUGGAGGACCUUUGGAGAAGGUUGUUAGAGUUUCAAAUCACAGAGUCAAGUUGUACUUUAUUUUCCCGCAACAAGCUAAGCAAUUUUACCAGUAUGGAAGUGCUACGGGGUUACUCAAGGUUAAUGGCAUCAAGCUAGGUGUUAGCUGGGGUGACGAAGAGUACAACGAGGUGUCAGAAAGGAAAGCAGAGGAUGUUGAAAACUAUGGUUUCGCAAUAGGCAACUUCAAAACCAAACCCAAUUUUAAAGGCACAACGACACCAGACCACCACGUUACAAUACCCAGAGCCCUCUACAAUGAAAUUUUGACCAGUGGGUGCAGAAGAUGUUUAAUCGUUUCCAAAAUGAUUGUUGGUAAAAAGAUCAGACCAGGAGAUAAGAUGUUUUACCCAGAGCCUGAAAUCCAUUAUACUCGUGACUUGCAGAUUCAAAACAUCAGAGAGGACUUUGAGCCAUUUGGAGAAGUGAUGGAUAUUGGAAGUGUGAUUUCAAGAAAGCUUAGUUUUAGCGUAUUCUACUACGACAUUAGAAGUGCAAUGAAAGCCAAAAGCGAAUUUGAAACAGUUGGAACUAACUUGCAUCACAAGUAUAAAGAUUGGGCUAUUUGGUAUGGAAAAGACAUCACCGAUCGUGCCUGCUUUGUUCUAUAG